UUUUGUGCAGCCUCGGCGGCGGGAGCGGCGGCCUCGAGGGCCUCGGCGGCGGCUUCCGUGAGGAGAAAAAGAGGAGAAGGAGGAAGAGGAAGAAGAGGAGGAGGAAGAACCCGGUCGGAGGAGCCCAGUCGGGGUGGGGCCGGGGGCCGUGCGGGCUCUCUGCCUGCCCGUCCUAAAGGUUGGUUUUAAUUGGUUGCCCACAGGAUUGCCUUGGCCUCUGCUUCUUGUUAAGAACGUUGAUUGGUUCAGCCGCGGUUGCCUCAGGUGUGCGUGGUUCCCGGGCAGCAUGGCGGUGGUGAUCCGCCUGCAGGGCCUCCCCAUGGUGGCAGGGACCAUGGACAUCCGCCACUUCUUCUCUGGACUGACCAUCCCCGACGGGGGCGUGCACAUUGUGGGGGGCGAACUGGGCGAGGCCUUCAUCGUCUUCGCCACGGACGAGGACGCCCGGCUGGGCAUGACGCGCACGGGCGGGGCCAUCAAGGGCUCCAAGACCACCCUGCUGCUCAGCAGCAAGACGGAAAUGCAGACCAUGAUCGAGCUGAGCCGCCGGCGCUUUGAGACGGCCGGCCUGGACCUGCCCCCGCCGGGGGGCCGCCGCGGCGGCCCGCCGCCCUCCUCCGCCUCGGCCGUCGCCGCCCCGGCCUCCUCCUCCUCCGCCUCCUCCUCCUCCUCCGUCUCCUCCGCCGCCGCCGCCGCCUCCUCCUCCUCCUCCUCCUCGUCCUCGUUCGGCGGGGGCGGCGCCUCCUUCGGCGCGGGGGGCGGCUCCUCCUUCGGCGCCGGGGGCGGGGCGGCCCUGCCGGGCACGGCCUCCCCCAUGAGCGCGGUGCCCCCGCCUCCGAUCCCGCCCCCGAUGCCGGCGCUGCCCGCCCUGCCCGCCCUGCCCUCCAUCCCCCCGAUCCCGGUGCCGCCCCCGGUGCCCGCCCUGCCGCCGGUGCCCCCCGGGCCCCCGAUCCCGCCGGGGCCCCCCGGGCCGCCGCUGGCGCCCCUGCCGCCCCUGGCGGGGCUGCCGCCCUUGAACCCCCCGCCGGGAGCGCCGCUGCCCUCGGGCGUGAACGGGUCCGGCGCCGGGCUGGGCCUGGGCGGCGGGCUGACCCCGCUGUUCCUCGGGGGGCCCCUGACCCCCGGGGCCCCGCUGCCGCUGGCCUCCCCGGGGGGCGCCAAGCCCCCGGCGGCCAACCCGGACGAGCUGUACGUCAGCGUCCACGGCAUGCCCUUCUCGGCGGCCGAGGCGGACGUGCGCGACUUCUUCCACGGGCUGCGGGUGGAGGCCGUGCGCCUGCUGAAGGACCACCUGGGGCGGCCCAACGGGCACGGGCUGGUGCGCUUCCUGGCCCCCCAGGACGCCUUCGCCGCCCUGAAGCGCAACCGCAUGCUGAUGAUCCAGCGCUACGUGGAGGUGGGCCCGGCCACGGAGCGGCAGUGGGCGGCGGCCGGCCACGCGGCGGCGGCCCGCCUUCCGGCCGGGCCCGCCGGCCGCCGCCGCCCCCCGCCGGGCCUGGCCCGGGCCAAGUCGCCCGGCGCGGGGGCCCGGCGCUCCCGCUCGCGCUCGCCCCACCGGCCGGGCUUCUGCGUCUACCUGAAGGGGCUGCCGUUCGAGGCGGAGAACAAGCACGUCAUCGACUUCUUCAAGAAGCUGGACCUGGUGGAGGACAGCAUCUACAUCGCCUACGGGCCCAGCGGCAAGGCCACCGGCGAGGGCUUCGUGGAGUUCCGCGCCGAGGCGGACUACAAGGCGGCCCUGGGCCGCCACAAGCAGUACAUGGGCAGCCGGUUCAUCCAGGUGCACCCCAUCAGCAAGCAGGGCAUGCUGGACAAGAUCGACGCCCUGCGCAAGCGGCUGCAGGCCGCCCCGCCGGGGCCCGACCUGCGCCCGGCCCCGCCGGGCCCCGCCCCCGGCCCGCCGGCCCCCGCCCCCAAGCUCUGCGCCCACCUGUCCAACCUGCCCUUCGACGUCACCAAGCCGGACAUCCUGCAGUUCCUGGAGGGGCUGCCCGCCGACGAGGGGGCCGUGCGCAUCCUGGUGGACGGCGGCGGCCGCGGGCUGGGCCAGGCCCUGGUCCAGUUCAAGUCGGCCGAGGACGCCCAGAAGGCCGCACGGCUGCACCGCAAGAAGCUGCACGGCCGCGAGGCCUCGCUGGCCGUCAUCUCGCUGGACGACAUGCGCGAGCUGGAGAAGAACCCGCCGGGCCCGGGCAAGAAGCCGCCCAAGCUGGCCGGCGACGAGCCCGGCUUCCUGCCCCCCUUCGCCUUCCCCGGCGGCUUCGCGGGGGCCGGCGCCUUCGGCCCCCCGCUGCCGCCCCCCGGCCUCGGGGCCGGCUUCGGGGACGGCCGGCUGGGGCUGCCGGCGGCCGGGCCCGCCGGCGGCCUCCCGGGGCUGCCCGCCGCCGAGGUGCCCGGCUUCGGGGCCGGGCCCGCCCACCUGGGCGGGCCCGCCGCCUUCGGCCCGGGGGGGCCCCAGGCCUUCGGCAACGGGCCCGGGGGCCUGACGGUGCCCGCCGGCGGCUUCGCCGGGGGCCCCCCGGGCCUGGGCGGCGUGGCGGGGGCCCCCCCGGGCUUCGGGCCCGCGGCGGCCCUCCACCUGGGCGGCCCCCCCGGCUUCGGCUCCGGCCCGGGCAAGCCCGGCCCCACCGUGAUCAAGGUGCAGAACAUGCCCUUCACCGUGUCCGUCGACGAGAUCCUGGACUUCUUCUACGGCUACCAGGUCAUCCCGGGCUCCGUCUGCCUCAAGUACAACGAGAAGGGCAUGCCCACCGGGGAGGCCAUGGUGGCCUUCGAGUCGCGCGACGAGGCCAUGGCCGCCGUGGUCGACCUCAACGACCGGCCCAUCGGCUCCAGGAAGGUCAAGCUGAUGGCCCACUGCGUGACCCCCGUGCACCUGACCGUCUCCUGCCGCGACCUCCUGGACAAGGACGUCGGCUCCAAGUCGGACCCCCUGUGCGUCCUGCUGCAGGACUCGGGGGCCGGGGGCUGGACCGAGCUGGGCCGCACGGAGCGGAUCCGGAACUGCUCGAGCCCAGAGUUCUCCCGGCCGUUGCGUGUGGACUACCGCUUCGAGACCGUCCAGCGGCUCCGAUUCGGCCUCUACGACAUCGACAACCGGUCUCCGGAGUUGGGCGACGAUGACUUCCUGGGCGGGGCCGAGUGCUCGCUGGGGCAGAUCGUGUCCAGCCGAACCCUGACCUUGCCCCUGAUGCUGAAGCCGGGAAAGCCGGCCGGAAAGAGCACCGUUACGAUCUCGGCCGAGGAAGUGAAGGAUGCCCAAGUGGUCACCAUGGAGGUGGAGGCCCGAAAUCUGGACAAGAAGGACUUCCUGGGAAAAUCGGAUCCGUUCCUGGAACUUUACCGGCAGUGGGACGAGCAGCAGUGGCGACUGGUCUACCGAUCCGAGGUGAUCAAGGACAAUCUAAACCCCUCCUGGCGCAAGUUCAGCACCCCCCUGCAGAGCCUCUGCGGGGGCGACGCCAACGCCCCAAUCCAGGUGCGUUGCCUGGACUAUGACGGGGACGGCUCCCACGACCUCAUCGGCUCCUUCCAGACCACGUUGGCCCGGCUGCAGGGGGCCGGCGCGGGCCUCCCCGCGGAGUUCGAGUGCGUCCACCCCGAGAAGCAGAAGAAGAAGAAAAGCUACAAGAACUCCGGGAUCAUCCGGGUGAAGGCGUGUCAGAUCGAGACGGAGUUUUCCUUCCUGGAUUACGUGAUGGGCGGCUGCCAGAUCAACUUCACCGUGGGCGUGGACUUCACCGGCUCCAACGGGGACCCCUCGUCCCCCGACUCCCUGCACUACCUCAGCCCCUCGGGGGUCAACGAGUACCUGACGGCCCUGUGGAGCGUGGGCAGCGUGGUUCAAGACUACGACGCGGACAAGCUGUUCCCCGCGUUUGGAUUUGGGGCCCAGGUGCCCCCCGACUGGCAGGUGUCCCAUGAGUUUGCCCUGAAUUUCAACCCUGAUAACCCCUACUGCAAAGGGAUCCAGGGGAUCGUGGACGCCUACCGCCUGGCCCUGCCCCAGCUCCGGCUCUACGGGCCCACCAACUUCGCCCCCAUCAUCGCCCACGUGGCGCGGUUCGCCGCCGAGGCCGCCCGGCAGGGGAAGGCCACGCAAUACUUCGUCCUGCUGCUGCUGACGGACGGCGCCGUGACGGACGAGGAGGCCACGCGGGCGGCCCUGGUCCGGGCCUCCCGCCUGCCCAUGUCAGUCAUCAUCGUGGGCGUCGGCGGCGCCGACUUCGAUGCCAUGGAGCGGCUGGACGGCGACGGGGGGCUCCUGCGCUCCCGGGCCGGGGACAACGCCGCCCGCGACAUCGUCCAGUUCGUGCCCUUCCGCCGCUUCCAGAACGCUCCCCGCGAAGCCCUGGCCCAGGCCGUGCUGGCGGAGGUCCCGCAGCAGCUCGUGUCGUACUACAGGAUGCAGGGCUGGGCCCCCUGCCAGCGCCCGGCGCCCGCCCCCGCCCCAUCCCCUCAGCCGUGAGCCCACCCUAGACCCCGACGCCACGCACUUCGUUUACAUUGUGCUCCUCCUUUGCCCCUGCCCGCUUGGCUCAGGCCCCGGGGGCGAGAAGGUACCCCCUGCCGCUCGCGGAUGCCGUUCUGUAUUUUUGUACUCACCAUUUGCCCGCCUGCCCGCUUGGCUCAGGCCCCGGGGGCGAGAAGGUACCCCCUGCCGCUCGCGGAUGCCGUUUUGUAUUUUUGUACUCGCCAUUUGCCCGCCUGCCCGCUUGGCUCAGGCCCCGGGGGUGAGAAGGUACCCCCUGCCACUCGCGGAUGCCGUUUUGUAUUUUUGUACUCGCCAUUUGCCCGCCCGCCCGCGCCGCACUGAGGUAGGGAGGGAGGCCCGGUGCCCCUCCUGCAGUCGCACGUAGCCCACCCCCUUCCCGCUGUCCCACCCCCGUCAAUAAAGAUGCUCGGUUGUC